CAUCAGGCGUGUACACCCCCCAGGUGACACUGUGUGCCAGUGCAGACGACUGCCAGGACAUCCCAUGUCUGGGGGAGGACGAGGGGGAUUGUACGUUUGAGACGAAAGCCCAGAAGACACCUUACAUCAAGUCCGUCACUCCUACUACGGGGUAUCCAGGAACCUUGCUGACCGUGUACGGUAAAAUCAUCACGGAAAUGUUCGGCAGUGAGACGGGCGCGACCCUCAACGGCCGGACGGAAACCAUCAAACGCUGCUACCUGGAUGGUGCUGGACAGACGUGUGAACUGAGAGACGCCAACGGUGACAUGUACGGAAUCGAGAUGGACGAUGAGGGUGAAAGUAUAUGGGGAACAUUCAAGGCGAUGCCUCGGGGCAAGUUCGUCGGUCAUCAGAACAUCAGUAUCAUCGUUAGUGACACUUACGGAAGGUCCGCUGGAACUCCGGAAGCGAAACGUGUUAGCGCCAAUAUGAAGAUGUACAACUUCCAGACCUAUGCAAAGGUGAGUUCUGUGAGUCCCAGUGUCGGCAGUACGGAGGGGAGAUCCACUAUUACCAUCAGUGGGGACUGGUUCGACUCGACCUCACAGCUAGCAACAGUCACUGUAGGAGGUGAGGAAUGUAUGAGACAGGGAGACAUAACAGACAACGAGAUAGUAUGCCUGACGCCGAAGAAACCAACUCACCAAGCAGCCUCCUAUGCAGGAAACCGCGGUGUGUACCGGGAGGUUUGGGAGUACCCGGAUGUAGAGUCCAUGCCUGCCCUGACCGACCUGCCGGUCACUGACCCUACGGAGGCUCCUGACUGGACAGACAGCUUCAGCUGGACCAACCGUUCUGAGAGCUAUAUCUCACGCAUGAGGGGUUUCUUCAUCCCGCCCAACGACAACGACUACCAGUUUGUCCUGUAUGACUGCAAAACGCCCUCUGACGAUUUCAUCUUGUACUUCAGUCCGAAUGGAGAUGAAGAUGAUUCGCCGGUCGUGCUAAGUUGUCCGGAGUCCGGUCGCCGCUGGUCAGAGAGGUACUCACUGACCGGAGGAAAAAGCUACUACAUGGAGGUCCGCUACAGACACGAGUGGUCCAACGACACUCAGCAGGAGAGGGGCGUGGCCGUGAAGAUGUUCAACACGGACUACGUGGGAGGGCAGAACUACCACGCACAGAGCGAGAAACAAGAGAUCAAAAUCACCUCAACCGUCAAUCGUGAGAAACAGCGUCUCAGCCUUGGCAGUGAUGUUGAAGACUUCACCCUUGAAUAUGGCGGGGUUCAGUCAGAAACUAUCCAAGCCGGCGCCUCCCAAAACCAGGUGAAGAGAAAGGUUGACAACAUGUUCCAGACGUUGUGUCCUGACGAAGUGGCCAAUCCCAACCAGGCUAUCAGGCAGUUUGUCGAAGACUACGAGGGCGAACCUCGGCGACCUGAAACAGGCACUAGGGUAGAAGCUGAUGAGGCCGAGCCCUUCUGUGGCAGAAAGUCUCUGAAGAAUCCGUCCCGUCUGUACCGAAGCAACCGUGACCACCACCUCCGCGGCAUCGACCCUAACAUGAACAAAGUGAUGUGCUUUGCCUAUAAGGGUUACAUGGCUUCAAGAAUCGGCUUCCGUUUCCAGUUUGACGGUGACGAAGAACAAGAAGAGGAGACUGCAUGGUUCGGGCCAGAAAACGACACUAGUCUGGACUUCGCUGCCAAUAGAGAAUGGCAGUACACCUGCAUCAACCUCCAAACACUGUUCUCCAACCUACGACCGCUAGCAUCCAACGUCAGAAUCCAGGACAUCCAGGUGGAACCGAAAGACACUGACGAGGAGACGGCUGACUACUUCAUCGAUAACUUCUUCAUUGGGAAAGUGGAGCCCAUGGCACCAGCAAAUGUAGCCAUUAACCGCCGCCUGCCAGCUCAGCUAGGCGGCAAUCUGGUAAAAGAAGUGGAAGUGAGCAGGGCCGACGGCGGAUAUGACAUCACGUUCAUCCCGUACAACUGUGGACACAGCUUCCCUCUCAUGAAUGCGCAGGUGACUUGUACUGGAGAUUGUGAUGUGAACGUUGAACAACUGCAAACGGCGAGUCUUCCCGUACAGGGCAGCUUUGACGUUACUUUCAAUGGUAGAGUUGCCGCAGUUCCUGCAAAUGCCACAGACGAGGACCUCGUAGACAUCUUGAAGCUCGAACUCGGCGUUGACGCAAAGGUCGAACGCGAGGGGGAAUGUUCCGGGUACAAGUGGAAAAUCGAAUGGCUGCUCGAUGGAGGUGACAAAGCUGAUCUUCAGGUCUGUAGUUUUAGUAGUUUUAACUAA